CAAUAACACAAAAAUGAAAUCUUAAAAGAAAGUUGGAGGGGAGAAUAAUAGAAGAGAAAGGAAAUAUGAAAGUGAUUGAGAAAACAAGAAAGAUUACUGACAAUUUUAACAGAGAAUUGUUGUUCUUCCAUCAUCAGAAACACAAAAUGCGCUUUAAGUUACUUCUGUUAAUGAGUACAAUUGUGACCAAUGUUUCAUGGGCCAAUGAUCAGCAAUUUUACAAAAAAAAUCAACAACUAUUAUUAAAUGGCAAUAUAAAACCAAUAGUAAAGAAAAAUAAUGAACAAUUACUGCAGAGAAAACAUAAAGAUCGAAUACAAUUUCAAAUAGAAGGCUAUGAUGGACCACAAACAUAUAUUUUUGGAUUUGAUACUGGAUAUGGAAAUAAUAGACAAUAUAGAUUAGAAGAAAAAUAUCGGAAUGGUACGAUAAAAGGACAAUAUGGUUAUUAUGAUGCAAAAGGAAAAUUAAAGAAAAUUCGAUAUUUAGCUACACCUUUUAAAGGAUAUACUGAAAUACAUCAUGAAAAUAAUAUACAAAAGAAAAAAAAUUAA